AAGGCUUUUCCCACGGGUUUGUUUACGCGGAUCACACGUAAUUGCUCUCAAUAUUUUAAUUUCAUCCCCGAAACGUUCCAAAAUGGAUACCGGACGUACUGACACCUUCACCGAGAGGAUGCUGAAAAGGGCAUCAUCGAGAACCCUUCCCCGUAAGAAAGGAGUAAUUGAAGCAAUAAAGGACGACAAUUACGAUCGGCAGAGGGUGAUUGUCCAGACGAAGAGGAACUCCACGAUUUCGACUUUGUCAAUGGAAAUAAAAAACCUGGAGCAGCAGAUCAAGAGUCUGGACGUAGAGAAGAGAGCCGAGAGGAUUUAUCCAACUCUCUCUAGGGUGAGAGAGGACAGGAGUAAAGACUCAGUGAUUGAGGAUGAUAGGGAGGCAAUCAGGGAGACACCGAAGCCAAGGAGAAGAGGUUGCAGACCAAAUAUGGAAUCCACCAGAGCUUCUCUCAUGACGAGCAAUCACGACCCGAUGACUAGUGCAGAAACCAAGAGCUCGAUGAGAAUUGAGAGUACAAUUUCAACGAUUCCAGUGAUCAGUGACAGCAGAGACGACAGAAUACCGUACGAGGUGGAGAGAUUCCUGGAGGAUGCCCUCGGGGAUGAGUUGAAUAAUACAACAGUGACUUAUGGAGGGGAUCAAUCAGAUGGAAGAGAGAGAACUAAUUCACAUUUCACUGCAAGUGAAUUGAUCUCGGAGGAGAGAACACCGUUUUACAGGAGAAUAACUAGAUUGUGGAAUCACGAGAGGAGGAGUAAUUAUUCGUGCAAUGAUGAUACAUUCUCCAUGGGGCCGAGGGACACGAGCACCUUGGAUCGUAGCCUGAGGCUUUACAGGACAUUGUCUCAGAGGAUUAAGAAGAAAAUCAGAGCAGCACUGGCGAGAGAUAAAUCACCAGAGAUUGCAGUACCUGUUGAGCCAUUGCGACAAUUAUCAUUUGAUAAAGAUCGAAUGGAUAUGAUGGAGGAUAUAUUGAAGAACAUGAAGAUACAGCAGUGCAUUAUUCAACAGGCGAGCAAAGCAUUGAACGUCUGUCGCACGAGUAAAGAGUUUACUGGGAGCUCAGAGGAGGUGGAGUCUGAGCGUUUGCUACUACUCGCUGAAAUUCGAAAACAUCUCCUCCAGGAGCAGCUGAAAAAUCUCAGCAAUACGUCAGUGGAGAUUAGUCAAGCCAAGGAGUCAGUGGAUAUCACUGAAUGCGCUGAGGUGACUAUUGAAAAUAUUAAUCUGAGUCUUCGGGAGUGUCUCAGGAGGGAGCCAAUGCCUGGAGAGCCUGUGGAGUGGUUUGUCGUUGUUGUUAUCGAGGGAACGAAUGUCUGGGGGAGUUCACCUACUCCUCGUCCUGUCGACUCCAUGAUUCUCGAGUUCGCGGACUUUGUAUGCACUAUCGAUAAUCUCAAACCCAAUUUCAGAAUCGUCAUCAGGAUUUACAGUCUCAGUCUCAAGUCUGGGGGACUUUAUAAUCACGAGGACAAGUAUCACAUCGCCAAUUCCAGGAUGGACGAGACUGUCAUCUGUCCAUCACCCACAAAAUUUCUGAAACGAAUUGAAAAACACACGUCUCCCAGAGUUCAUCAACUUCACACAAUCUCUUCAUCAUCUUUUGGAAAGUCUGGGCAGCUCCAGCUGCAGCUUGAUGAUCUCAGACUGUCCUCACCCUGGCCUCUGACCUCUGUACCUCAUGGAUCUAUUCUCAUGGGGACUGUCGAUGUCAAUCUCUCGUGCAGACUUCAUUUAUCAAUCUGCCAUCAGGGAUUCAUCAAUUAUGGAGAGGACGCCGGGGGUUUCGUCACCUGGAACAGACGCUGGUGUGUCCUCAAGGGGAAUUUAAUGAUGUUCUGGAAUUAUCCCAGGGAACAGGAGUGCAAGCCCCCCAUUAGGACCAUCGACCUUGUUCACUCCACUGAUGAGAGGAUUUCUGAGGUCAGCAGGGAACUCUGCGCCAAACCUCGAACUAUUGUCGUGGAGACUGUCCGGGUGAGGCAGGUUGGGGACAUGGACAGUGUUCUCGUGAAUUGCAGACAGACUUAUACGAUUGAGAGACAUUUAUUGUGCUUCGAUAAUAGAAAAGAUAUGAAUGAAUGGAAGAUCAAGCUCAAUCACGUUAUUUCUGCUUUGAGAGAGUGGAACGUUACGUUCAUGAAAGACGCACCGAAGUCUCCGAUGGUUUCCGAACUGUAAAAUUUAUUUUCGCCCACAAAAUCGUUUCAAAAAAUUCAUCAUGCACUCAGGAAUUCAAUGUAAAUGAAUUGAUGAUGUAAAUAUGAGGAAAUUGACAAUGCAUCAUGCAACUAGAAGAAAUAAUAAACUUUUUACUUUUAUUUUAA